UUUGUUGUUUACAACAUGUAGUUUUGUAGAGUCCCCUCAGGCACCGGGCAGGUAGAGAGGAUCUUGCAGCCCUGCCAGGAGAGCAUGGGAGGAAAAACCUCUUGAUCGCGGAGGUACAUGUGCAGCUAGUUUACUUUUGCUGAAAACAUUUUCUGCUUUAGUCUCUUAAAGGAAGCGCUGGGUAAGGUGACACUAUGGCGCUCCUUUGUUAGAGAGCACGCUUCCCAGGAAGGGUGGAAACAGCAGAGAGCAGCCAGUCUGGACAAGGAGUACAAUGCCUUACCGUCCUGUGUCAUAAGGGAAGAGCAUCUAUCCGUCAACUCAGUGGAUUGUGUUAACCAGGAGCAUUGCUACACUGGGAUGGACAGAGAGGAAAGACAUACCCCAGGUUUACGACUGUUCUGACCAUUUGUGUGGUGAAGGAGUUGGAAAGAUUGGAGUCUGUUUCAAGUGGCACCGAUGGGAUUUUUACACAUGUAACUCCUAAUGCAUCCAAAUCUGCCUGUGAAGAGAGAGAAAGAGACAGCUCAGUCUCCGCAUAGUUCCAACCAGGACUUGGCAAAAGGACUGAUGCUUCAACCUCUCUAAAGGUUUGGAGUGCAAAUAACCAGACCCGUGAGUGUGCUGUGAUAACAGGGGACACUUGGGUGCGUAGGAGUUGCUGUAUCGGAGCCAACCUUUAGACCUAAGCUGGCUCGCCAAAUGCCACUGACUCGUGCCUCAACUUCACCUCUGAGUUGCCAUGGCCAAGUUAGAGACCCUGUCUGUUCUUAGUGACCCAAGCUACCAGAGCCAGGACACCUUCCACUCGUUUGCCUCCAGGCCCUCUGAAUCUGCCUCCCAAAACACUAUGGGAAGCGUGGGCAGUGGAGUCGCCAAUGAGCAAGAGUUUGCGAUGAAGAGUGUGGGAACCAGGACUCAGAGCAGCAGCAGGCAGGCUGAUGGCUCGCGGAAUGGCUAUUCCACGCGGGAGAUCUCUAACCGUUACUCCGGGGAGGAGAAGACCUACAAGUCAGAGAAGAUCUCCAACUCCCUCUACAUCAAUGGGGACCUGCGCAAGAGUGAGAAGAUGAAGACAGACAUUUGUGGGAACGUUACCACCAACAACGAGAAAAACCUGCCGCCUCCUCCCCAGUACAGAGAACCCAGUAACCCACCAAAGAUAUUGCCGGUCUCUGGCAAAUUGGACCAGAGCAAUGAGCCCUUAGUUAGACCUUCAGCCUUUAAACCAGUAGUUCCUAAAAACUUCCAUUCCAUGCAGAAUCUCUGCCCACCGCAGAACAAUGGAAUAACAGAGAACAGAAAGAGUUUGAAUCACACCAACAGCAAUAGCCCAUCUGCAGGCAAAAGCGGACUGGAGAAGACCAGCCUUAAUAGGACUACAAACCAAGUGGGAGGUCUUUCCGAUUCUGGCCGUAACUCUUUGACGAGCUUGCCCACUUACGGGACGGGCUACAGUCAGCACGUUGGCCCAAUGAGUGCUUCAACUAGUCACAUAAACCGCAUUGGCACAACCUAUGUAGAUAAGAACAUAGUGGGAUACAAUGGAAUAUCUACCUCAGACAGUGGACGGUCUUCAAGCAAGAGUACUACUUCUUUCAAUAGGCUCAACCAUCUGAACGAAACAAUGCCUUUCCAUUCACCCUCGACAGAUGACGUUAUCCAGGACCUGGAGGACAGGCUGUGGGAGAAGGAGCAGGAGGUCUUGCAGAUGAGAAGAAACCUGGACAAAAGCGAGGCUGCCAUCUUCCAAGUGUUUGAGGAGAAGCAAAAGAUCUGGGAACGUGAAAUGGAGGACCUCAGGCAAAAUUAUGCAAAUAAACUGCAGCAGGUCUCCAAGAAGGCCCAGAGGGCUCAACAGGCCUUGCAGCUCCAGAUCUUCAAGCUCCAGCAAGAGAAAAAAAAGCUCCAGGAGGAUGUGGGGCAACUUCUCCAGCAGCGAGAAGAGCUGGAGAAAAAAUUUGUGGCUUUCAAGAAAGAACAGGCUGAGUUUCUUCCCAAGAUUGAAGAAACCAAGUGGGAGGUGUGCCAGAAAGCUGGUGAGAUCUCACUACUCAAGCAACAACUGAAGGAUUCGCAAGCUGAUGUCUCUCAGAAACUGAACGAGAUCGUGGGGCUGCGGACUCAGCUCAAAGAAGGUAAGAACUUCCUGAAAGAGAAGGAAGAACAGAUCAUCACCCUGAAAGACUCCUACAGCUCCAAGACUGUCAACCUGGAGGUCUGCGAGAAUGAGCUGCAGAGAAAAAUGAAUGAGGUGCAGAUGCUAAGGGAAAAACUCAACCACUGUGAGCUGGAGGUCUCUGGCCUGAAGCAGACACUGGCCAACAUGGGGCACCAUGGCCAUUUCAAUGCAGAGCUCACCGAGAAACUAAGGGACCCGUUGGCAUGUGAGAGCGAUGAGGCCAAGAUGAAGCGCCAGAACGAGGACAGUGUCAUUGCCCUGAAGAAGGAGGUUGAGCGGCUCCAGACGGAGCUGAAGCUGGAGCGCCAGCAGCGGGAGCAGCAGGUGAUAGACUUUGAGGAGGAGCGGCGCACGUGGCAGGAGGAGAAGGAGAAGGUGAUCAAAUACCAGAAGCAGCUACAGCUGAACUAUGUGGAGAUGUACCAGAAGAACCAGCUCCUGGAGCACAAGGUGAAUGAGAUGACCACCAAGGCUACCAGCCCGCCUUACACCGAGGAGAAAAAACCAUGGACUCCAUCCAGGCUGGAGCGAAUAGAGUCCACUGAGAUCUAACAAGGGACCAAGUCAAUAAAAGUAAUUUUUAUUACUGUGCAUGUACUACCUACUCCAGCCAGUGAUCUUCCUAAGAAUAAUGUGCUAUUUUACCAGAGGUGUGAAUGCACCGAACCCCCCACCCUUAUUCUCUUCCUCAGUGCUCUGUAAGUAAACUAACCGUGGAUGUACAUUGUUAUACUAUUGAUGAUGCUACAUCAGUUUCUCCUAGUACAGCUAGGAAGGGCCCAGGGGCCCUUUAGGAAUCUGCCGUGACUGUUACUUCUCUAUAUGCUGCCAUCCCUUCCACCAUCAUCAAUUCCCCUGCCCUCUGCGUUUGUUUCCCCCCCCCCCCCAUCAGUUCAUGCAGCAAAAUAGUGCAAAGUGACAGGGUUUUUCAGGGCAUUUUAGCCACAUUGGCUAAUAGAGCAAAUCUCUGGGGAUCAGAAGAACCGUGCAGUUCAGCACGUCACGGUAUUGAUGAUACUUGUCUGACAGCCUAAUCCAGUGAAGUCAGUAGGAGGUUUGCCAUUGACUUCAGUGAAACCAGGCUUUGACCCUAUUCAAAUAAGUCUCUAUAGCAAAUGCAUUGCUGACAAUUGCCAAGGUCCAUGAUGUCACUAGGGGCUAGAAUAAGCCAGUAUAGGUACAAUGAGCCAACACCAACCGCUGCCCAAAAUGAACUGUGAGUUGCGUUUGAGGUUCCGAAAACAUGCUGUGCUUUGGCUUUGCUAUUUACAUUCACGUCCCCUUCCACUUCUGGGCAAUGAUCAGGACUAGAAGCAGAAAUGGCAGCAAACCCCACUAUUUUUCCUGUAUUUCUGCCCUGGCCAAAAUAAGGAGUCCCCAGUAAUUCAGACAGCAAUUCCCAUUCCUCAGGCGAGAUCCUGAGGAAAGAACUUUGACUAAACUUCAGAGAAGCAUUCAAACUCCUUCCACGUGUGUCCAAAUCAGAAAUGAACCCGUGGGGAACGCCAGGUGGUGACACUAUCCUGCUCCCAAAAGAAAGGUGUCAAGGUUGACUUUCCUCUUGCCGUCGUUCCCUGGAGAGGUGGUCUAGUUACAGAAGGGCCUCAGGAAACCGCCCACACAUUUGCAGACUCUGCCGUGCUAGUGAACAAGCAUCAGCACCAUGGAUAGAUGUGGCAGGAGUUAAGACCCUAGCAUAGGAAGUAACCUAGGCCCCAGUUCAACAAAGGACCCAAGCACUGGAAUGGGUGACCUAGGGAGGUGGUGGAAUCUCCUUCCUUAGAGGUUUUUAAGGCCCAGCUUGACAAAGCCCUGGCUGGGAUGAUUUAGUUGGUGUUGGUCCUGCUUUGAACAAGGAGUUGGACUAGAGGACUCCCGAGGUCUCUUCCAACCCUGAUAUUCUAGGCAUGUGCCUAUGAACCAUGCUGAGUCGGGGACGUAGGAAAAUCCUAGGGGCCCAAGUCUACCUGCAGAUGUGGGCGUACAAUUGCCAAGUCUCACACCUGGACCCAAGGGCGGCAUUCAGCCAUAAAUGGGCCUGAUUCUGUCUCCUACUAAAGAUGUGUCACACCCUUCCGGAAGUGUAACAGGGUCUUCAAGUGGGACUCAGUUGACGCAGUGGUGUGCGGGAGGCUCGGUGUCACUCAGGAGGAAGCCCAGUGUCCUUUCCAGAGGGAGAGCUAGAAGGAACAAAGAUGCACAGGGUGUUGAAUGAGCAGCGACACAAACCCCUACACAGUGAUUUCAAUGAGAGUUCAGGCCCGAGCGUGUAUUGAGCGAGAGCGGCAGGACGAGACAGGCUCAGCGCUGUGGAAAGGGCAGCCGAGAAAAGACAUGGAAACUGCUCAUUUUCCAUAUGUCCCCUCAGCUGAGCUCGCACUACGAGCUGGUGGCUCACAAUUCCUCGGGGGGCGGGAGGUGUUGAACUUUGGUUGGGAUUUACAACAUCUUGGGGAAAGCCCAGGAUUCAGCAAGCAGGGCUCACGGCAGAAAGGGGAAACUGACCAAUUCUCAGGGAGUUUCAGGCUGUUGUUUUCCAGCGGACUUUGCCCUUUGAGCAGGCGCCAGCAGUGACCAGCACGGGCUGUGGGUGGGGCUGGUGGAUGACAAUGGUCGCUGUUGCUAUACAAGUGAAGGCUUCUCGCAGGAUGACCCAUCGCAGCCUGUCCUGGGAGGGCUCCUCAGUUUUCCCCCUGCUGCUCUUGUACUAGGGGAGGCAAAGAAAACAUAUUGCAUCAGUCCGGCAAAAACUAAGGCAAAUACCUGUGAAACCGGCUGUCCCAGAGACGAGCCCAAGCCAGCUGCCUCACAAACGGUGUUUGAUUGAUGGCCAAAUGGCACUGCCCUGGUCUUGGGGUGGGCUAUGUAGGAUAAGGAGUGGGCUUGGCGCUUGGAGAUGGGGGUGCACAUACUGAAUAUACAGGGUGGGCCUGAUGCAAAGCCCAGUGGAAAGUCUCAUUGACUUAACGGGCUUUGGAUGAGACCCUAAAUCCGCUGCUGCUCCAUUGAAGUCAAUGGGACUCCAGUAUAACAUCCUUGUGAGAGAGGAGUCCGGCGCUGACUGUAGGCCCUGUAGCCCCGUUAUGGGAGCAGAAGCACUUACAGUAGGAGGGAGAUUGACGUCAACGGGAGCCAGAUCAGUGGCAAAGCUCCCAGUCAUAUGAAGAGGAGCAACCUUAGCCACCGUCCUCUCUGUGUGUAGAGCCAGGACGGCGCGGGAGGGGGCAUUGCUUCCCAGCCACCGUCCGUCAGCGAGGGCUUCAGCUGGGCGCGUUAUUGCAUUCCAGUCUUAACAAUGGACGAGACCAUUGCAAGCUUGAUUUCUCGCUUUGCUGCCCAUUUGUAAUGGUGCGAUUGUGUCCCUGCUCGGGUCUCCAGGUGCCGAUGGUUAAUCCGCCCCCAGCCAGGCAGCAGAGUGAGCAAUAACAGGUGCUGCUUGAGGGCGCAAAGGGCUGAGGCUGUGUGCGCAGAGCAGCAUGCAGACACCAGAGAGGAGGACUCGGCUAGAACGUCGGCGUGGCAGCGCCUGCCAGUUCUGCGGCUGUUAGACCUGGCGCCGUUCCCAGGCGAGGGCUUGUUUUCCCUCCCCGGUGCCUGCCGUUACAGUCAGUGCAGUUCCACAGGCAAACGUUCUGUGCCUCGGGGGCGGGAGGGGGUGUCUGUGUCUAAUUUGCAUGCCCAGUUGUUGGCCUGUUGGAGCCAUACCUGGGCCACAUAGGUCUGCAAAUGCCUAGUUUGUGUGUGAAGGCUGAAUUACGUGUGUACAAAAUUAGGCCCUGUUUCUGUCAUUUUAAAUUAGCUGGGCCUGUUCCUCCGCUGACGUAAAGCCAAGUAACUCCCGUGACUUGAGUGGAGCUGGCCACCCGCCUACUCCUGCGAAGGGCCGAGCACCCUGAAUCCCCGUCAGUCAGUGUGAGGGGCUGAGUGCCCUAAACCCUCAGCAUUAGGCUUCUUCAUGAGUUUAGGGAUGGUGGGGGCCUGUGUGACCCAGGGCAAGCCCUCUUGCUGGGCCUCAGUUUCCCCAUAAAUUAAACCAGGGUCACCAUCCUUCCCUACCUCGCAGGGAUGAAUUUAUUCCUGCUCACAAAGGGCUCUGAGCUCCUUGGGUGGAAGGGAAAAGUGAUGAGCAGCUACAAUUAUUUUUAAUAGCUUUCAGACCAACUUUACAUGUAAUUUUUCGGGCCAUCAUGUAACGAGAAUUUUCAGGGAACAGUAGCUGCACUCCGAAUGGGAUGAGCCCCAGGACCUGUUAGAUCUCCUCCAUUACUGUGGGUGAAAUUCUGGUUCAAAUGAAGUUGAUGGCGAAACUCCCACUGAAUUCAGUGGGGCCAGGAUUUCCCCGUCAUUCUAAAGGGCCCCAAUCAGCCUUUGAGAAUGUUCACACCCCUGAUGUUCACCUGUGUUCCCAUUGAUGCCAUCCAGAGGACCCUUCUACCUGCUCAGUGCAUACCUGAGAUUCCUACUGGUGCCCAACAAGAGCAGAACAGACCGAUUGCAGAUUGACAUGUUCUGCAGGCUUGAAACAUUCCCUAAAUAACGAGUGAUCUAAUCAGAUCAAUAGUACGCCUCUUGAAAGCUCCUUCAGGGGGUGUCUCCACAGCAAAGAAAAUCCCACUGCUGGCCUGUGCCCGCUGACUUGGGCUCUGGGGGGUUCAGGCUGGGGGCUGUUUCAUUGCUAUGUAGAAUUCUGGGCUUGGGCUGGAGUCCGGACCCUGUGAGGGUCCCAGAAGUCUACCCAGCAAUGAAACAGCCGAGUCCCAAUGAGCCAGAGUUGGCUGGCACAGCCACAGGUAUCUAGCUGCUGUGAAGAUAUACCCUAGGUGUGUCCCAGAGUAGGGAGGCCAACAAUCCAUGCAUUAAAAAGCCCCUAACUACAUAUUUAUCCAAUGCUCUGUAGCAUCCCAGAUCUUUGCAGUAAAGGGGGGGGGUGUUUUAAGACCUCCCUUAUAUGUCCAUUGUACGCCAUGGAGGUGGGUGUGUGAGAUGAUUCUGGGCCAGAACCUGAGGUAAUGUAAAUAAAUCGGUGUCGCUCCACUGAAGUCGGAGCUAGACCAGCUGAGGAUCUGGCGAUGUUUAAGUGACAUUAAGGCUGUGACAGGAAUCAGCCAGUGCAAAGGGAAAUUAAAGAAAAAGCUGAACCUUGAACACUCCACGGCCCCUUCCUUAACUGGCUCUGAUUUCUAUGCAAAUUAGCCAGACACUGUAACAAGCCAGACAGCAAAGUCCCCGUUUCUGCAGGGUGAUUGUGCUGCGAAUUGCUCUUUAUGUAUGACACCCGCCCGUGUGUUGCCAUUAUAAAAGGGUGGCUGAGGGGCCCAUUUGAGGUUACUUAUCCCAUGAAUCCUGUAGGGUCCCUUCCUUUCCCUGAGUCUGUAACAGACUCAUUCUGCUGGACGCGCUGCCAAUUUUAGGAACCACAGAGCCACUUAAGGACAGGGGAGGGUGUUGUGCAGAGAGUUUCCACCUUACAGGCGGAAGAUGCCUGUUCCCAACCCUCUGUUCGUGUGUCAUGACCAUUCUUCCUGCAGCUACGUCACCUUGCAUUGGGAUCUACUCAGAUCUCUUGAACUAUGCAGCUGUGAGCCCGCCAUUCCUUCGGUGGGAGAGCCGCACCGAAUACCAGAGGUGCGCUCGGAAGUUAGUCUGGUGAUUCAGUAAAGGGCAUUCUUCCCUCCCAGGUCAGCACUGAGCUAAUGCCCCAGCGAGCUGCCGGAGGUGCCUCUUGCAGGUGAGUUGCCAAGCAGAAGGUUCUGAUCCUUAAUGACUCCAUUGAAGUCAGUAGGGCAGAUCUUUGGCUGGUGAGCAUCAGCAUAACUUCAUUGCCACAGAGCCCCGGACUUACGUUAGCUGAAGAUUUAGCUCAAAUGAGUCACACUCGUGUAAGGGAGGGAAGAAUCAGAUCCUUUGUUUCUUUGUGUGUUUGGUUUUCUUCCAUGAUUUUGCUUCUGUUGCUUUAAGACGUCACACCUGGGUUGCUUUGGCUCAUCUCCAGAGCAGCAGGUGUGUAAUGGCUUCACAGCCAUACGGGAAAGGAUUAGAGAUAAAAACUGCGCACCUAGCUAUGCCCAGUACUGCUUAGUUUCCACCAAUCGACUGACCGGCGAUCAACCACGUCGCUACAAACAGACAAGCAAACAAUAGCGUUGCUAGCGUAAAACUGUAGGAAAAUCACUGACGGUUUUCUGUGUGUGAAGUGCUUAUUAACUGAAAUAGGAACCGAAUCACAUACUAUAUGCUGCUAAGUUAUACAGAGACAAGUGUACUUGGAUGUAAAUAACGGUCUAGUUCUGUAUAUAUGAUUAUUAAACAAAACAAAAAAA